AUGUCGCGAGCUAUACAACGACUUAUGAAAGAUUAUCGUAAAGCAGAACAGUUAGUGGGACGUUCAUCUAAUGAACCAUUUGCUGAUUUUGGUAAUACUUCUUCGUUUACAACACAAACAUAUGCACAACAAAUGGCGCAAUUAAGGCGAGAUCCAGAAUUAUCACAAGAUGAAAAAAAAUAUCUUGUUGCUGUUGAACGUGGAGAUAUGGCAACAACUCGAAGAUAUCUUGAUAUGGCGUCAAAGACAUCAUCAACAUUAGUUAAUACUGACAUGUCAAUUACACCAAUCAACAUUAAUUGUUUAGACCCGUUAGGUCGUAGUGCACUGUUAAUAGCAAUUGAAUAUGAAAAUAUUGAAAUGAUUGAAUUAUUACUUAAUUAUAAUGUUGAUACAGGUGAAGCAUUACUUCAUGCUAUAGAUGAAGAAUUUGUUGAAGCUGUAGAACUUCUUCUUCAAUAUGAAGAUCUUAAACAACAACAGCAACAACAACUAAAGAAUAGCAUUGAUGAAGAUAACAAUAAAUGUCUUAAUAAUAAAACGAAUGAAUUAUUCACAUUGGCCCAAGUCGCAUUAGACAAAGAAAAAACCGAACAGCAACAACAAUCACACGAUAUUUCAACUAAAUUUAAAACGGCUUGGUCUUACUUUCGUUCAUCAAAACCCGAUGUAUCAUCAAAACAUGGUGAUGGUGAUGAAAUUAUUACUACUACUACUACUACUCCGACUUAUGAGAAUCCAAAAUCUAAAUGGUCAUUUAUCUUACAGGCAGUACGAAAAAAAGACCAAUCGGUAACUGAACAACUUAAUCUAAGUACAUCUCGUUCUUAUACACCAGAUAUAACACCUGUUAUAUUGGCUGCACAUCGAGAUAAUUAUGAAAUUGUUAAAAUUCUACUUGAAAGAGGUGAAAAAGUAACUGAACCUCAUGAUGUUCGUUGUAAUUGUGCAAAUUGUAAUGUAUAUAAUAAAGAAGAUAGUUUAAGACAUUCACGAUCACGUAUAAAUGCCUAUAAAGCAUUAUCAUCACCAUGUUAUAUAUCAUUAUCAAGUCGUGAUCCAAUAAUGACAGCAUUUGAUUUAAAUCGUGAAUUAAAACGUUUAUCACGUAUUGAAAAUGAAUUUAAACAAGAAUAUGAACAAUUAGCACAACAAUGUCAAGAGUAUAGUGCUGCUUUAUUAGCUGAAACACGUUCAUCAAAAGAAUUAGAAAUUAUAUUAAAUUAUGAUUCAGAAAAUCCACCGGUGGUUUCUGAAACAAAAGAAAAAAUGACAUUAGCAAGAUUAAAAUUAGCUAUACGUUAUAAACAAAAGAAAUUUGUUUCACAUUCACAUUGUCAACAAUUACUUGCUUCUCUGUGGUAUGAAGGUCUACCUGGCUUUCGACGUCGUCAUUCGGUGAUUAAACUUUUAAUAACAGCUAUUGUUGGUUUACUUUGUCCGAUAUUAUCUAUUGCUUAUUUAAUAAUGCCAAGAAGUAGUAUUGGUCGAAUAAUGCGACAACCAUUUAUUAAAUUUAUAUGUCAUUCAGUUUCAUAUAUUUUCUUUCUUAUUUUACUUUUUGUUGUUUCAUUACGAAUUGAUUUUGGAAAAUUAUUAUCAGGUAUUGAACAAGAAGCUAAUGAGAGACGUGGUCCACCACCAAAUCCAGUUGAAUUAGCUAUUAUGAUUUAUGUUGCUGGAUUUAUUUGGGCUGAAAUAAAACAAUUGUAUCAAGAAGGACUGCAUCAAUAUAUGGCGGAUACUUGGAAUUUACUAGAUUGGAUAACUAAUUGUCUUUAUGUUGCAACAAUAGUUCUUCGUAUUAUGGCAUAUAUUAAAGUAAAUCGAGAAGAACGUGAUUUACAUGAUAAAUUAGUUGAUCAUGUUGCACCUGCAUCAUCAGGUGUUCAUCAUUCUCCUCAUCCUAAUUUAACAUCGGAUACAGGUGAUAUAUCAACAGGUCAUAAUGUUCGACGACGAGAUUGGAAUGCAUGGGAUCCAACAUUAAUAUCUGAAGGAAUAUUUGCUGCAGCUAAUAUAUUUAGUUCACUUAAACUUGUUUAUAUAUUUACAAUAAAUCCACAUUUAGGACCAUUACAAAUAUCAUUAGGACGUAUGGUACAUGAUAUAUUAAAAUUUAGUGUACUUAUUAUACUUGUGGCAUUUGCAUUUGCAUGUGGUCUUAAUCAAUUAUUUUGGUAUUAUGCACGAAUGAAAAAAAAUGAAUGUGAACAUGAUUCAGGUCUUGAUGAAUAUUGUGCAAAAGAUAUACAUAAACAUUUUUCAAAUCUUUUUGAAUCUUUACAAACACUUUUUUGGGGUACAUUUGGUUUAGUUGAUUUACAAACAUUUCAAAUCUAUAAAAAACAUACAUUUACUAUGUUUAUUGGUUUAACUAUGUAUGGUGUUUAUUCAUCAAUAAUGAUUAUUGUUCUUCUUAAUAUGCUUAUUGCUAUGAUGAGCAGUUCAUAUCAAUAUAUAGCUAAUUCAACAGAUACUGAAUGGAAAUUUGCAAGAGCUAAACUUUGGACAAGUUAUUUUGAAGAUGGUGGAACUUUACCACCACCAUUUAAUAUAAUUCCAAGUCCAAAAUCAAUUUUUUAUUUUUGUCGAUAUACAUAUCGUCGAGUAUUUAGUUGUUCAAAAAAACAAUUAAGAAAUCGAUGGCAAAGUAUUAAAAAAAUUCUUCUUAAAAUCAAUGAACGUGAAAUAAAAUAUCAAACUGUCAUACGUGAAUUAGUUAAACGAUAUAUAAUGAAACGACAACAAAAAGAUCAAACUGAAGGUGUAACAGAAGAUGAUUUAAAUGAAAUAAAACAAGAUGUAUCAGCAUUUCGUUUUGAACUAUUAGAAAUUUUAAGUAUUAAUGGAUUUAAAGUUCAAUCAUUAAAGAAAAAUCCAGAUACAGGCAAAUUUGAACCAGUUGAGGAAUCCAAAAGAUCUGCACGUGUUGGUCGAAAACGAGGCAAAAUGAAUUUAGAAAAAACUAUUAAUAAAAGUAUGUUUAAUAUGUCAUCAGCUAUACGUAAUGCAAAUCCAUUAGCACCAACUGAUCCUAUUAAAACUGAUCCUUAUGAACAUCAUGAUUCAUUAUCAACACCAAUUUCAUCAAUACUUUCAAAUCCAAAACAAAAAUUAGCAACACAAUUUAAACGUGCUCUUACAAUAAUUACACAACGAAAUGAUCAAUUAAUUGAUUCACCAAUGGCUUCAUCACCACCAUCAGUACCACAACAAACAAUAAGUACUGACAAACUUUUCGAUUUAACACCUUUAAAUGAAGAAUCAAUACAAACAAAAGAUAAACUUAAUAAUUUAAGUCAUAUAUCAACAAUAACAUCAAAAUCACAAUCAUUUACAUAUAAUAAACCUCAACAACAUAUAUGUUCAUCAGCAAAUGAAAUUUUAACACGUAGUAAUAAUAAUAAUAAUUCAAAUAGUCCAUCAUCAGCUACUAUAAUUUCAAUGGAUUCACCUAUAAUACGAUCAAAUCAUCCAAAUAGUAGUAAUUCAUCAUCACGUUUAGUUAAACAAAGUUUACAACAAAUACAUGCAUCAAUUUUACAAACAAUGCAUCAACAACCAUCAUUAUCACCACCUACAACAUCAUCAUCAACAACAUUAAGUCCAACAUUAACAUCAUCAUCAACAAUGGGUACAGGAUAUUAUCAUUUAUUACGCGAAGCUCGUGCACCAAUGGCAUCACCUGAUCCUCUUUCACUGACAUCUGAAGAAGGUUCAAAUGCGCCUGAUAUAGAAAUCUUAUAA